AUGAUCAUGGCAAAGGAACAAUACGAGAACAACAUGUCAAAGACUUAUGUUCUGAAGGUCAGCAUGCACUGCCAGUGCAAUGGUUGCAUCAAGAAGAUCAACGACGGGGUGAAAGAGAUCGCCCUUUCAGAAGGGGUGGAGAGGGCUGACCUGGUGGCGGAGACGGCAGAGGUGAUAGUGGUCGGGAGAAUGGACCCAGAGAAGCUCUGCUGCUUGCUGCAUGAACUAACGCAGAAGCAUGUGAAGAUAGAAACCAAAAGAGCUGUAUCUGAAGGAGAAACUGCAGCUUCUCGGGAAACCAAGAACCGCUUUGGCCAGGUUACUUCCGGCUUGUUCGAUUCGGACUUACCAGAGGAAAGCCCAGUAACACCUGUUAUGCCGAGCGCACCGCCGAUUCCCGAGGCAUGGAGGAGCCAAACCGUGCCUUCCCAGAGAUGCGCUUACCGUUGGUCGCUACCUUUGCCCGGCGCACUCGGCGUGUGGGCAGCGUCUGACAUCGAGGGGACAAUGGCGGUGUACGAGCUCUGA